CCUGGAUUCACCAUCUACACAAACAACAUCAUGAAGACGACGUCGUUCGCCCUCGUCGCAUAUGUUGCCGCGGCCGUUAAUGCACAAACCACCAACUCCCCUACCACCACCAGCACGAACUGCCCAACGAAGCUGGAUCCUUCGAACGCCUUGGUCAAAACCACGGGGUUGCCGCCUGAUCUCGUGUCGGAACUGCCUUCGUCCUGGGUGGGCUGCCUUGGGACGUUGAACGAGAACACUAUCACCGCGGACGUGACGGCUACUUUAUUGGCCCAACCCACGUGCUUGGCGGCGGCGCCUUAUCUGAUUCAGCUCAUGCAAGCGUUUCAGUCGCCGACUGGCGGCGACCUCGUCCCCAAAAACGGCAGCAGUACCAAGGACGAUGACAACAUCAAAGUGUCGUCGUCGUACGAGUCGUACUUUCUCAGCUUCCCCGACUCGGACGUACAAAAGAUCUGCACACCGCUGACCAAGUCCGUGCCCUGCCUCAAGGCUGGCAUUUUGCCGGCCAUCUUCAAGCAAAUCAACAGCAACCCUUGCUGCUCAGCCAUGAUGGCCGAAGUGAAGGCGCUGACUGGCGAAACCCCCGACGUGUUGCUGGCCAACUUGGUCGAGAAGGCCACAGACGUCGUGUGCACGAUCCAAACACCUGGGUUCAACGGCGCCGCCAAUCAAACGUGUGGGUUCUCGUGGGUCAAGAGCUUCACCCGCGGCAACACUAACACUUCGGACGCGUCGGUGGUGGCGCUAACAGGUCGCGGGCUCACGGCGCUUCAAAUCCCCAACGACCAAGGAUGUGCCGCGGUCAAUGGCAACUCGUUCACGUCGACCACGGGCGCCGCCGUAACUACGUUGUUCGUCAAACCUAACGUGCCUGGCUCGUGCGCCAAGCCGGCCGACGCCCUUCUCUCGUGGGUGCGCAAGUUCCCCGUGCUGACCAACGCCACGUACAGCUCGAUUCGCCUCCUCGAUUUGUUCGAAGACGGCAAGUGCGUCAAGGGGUCCCUCAUCGCCAACGCCGUCGACAUCGACGACCACAUCUACCGUGACAUUGGCAUAUCGAAAGCCAACUUUAACGCGUCGUGCUUCCACUUGUCCAACGGAGCGUUCCAAACGUGCGCGUUCUCGGACUCGAUCCCCCAAAACUCGACCCCCGCGGCCACAUCGGCGGCCAACCGCGUCGCAGUUGUGUCCAUGGUCGCGUCUAGCGUUGCCCUGUUGUCGCUUGCGUGGUAGAAGUAUAGUUUCGACCAAUAUAUAUAUAUAUAUAUAUCGUACAUAUAGAUGAAAGAAGCUGUUGGUACAGCUAUGAAUAGCUUAGCGCUAUUCAUCCGGCGUAUAAUUUGUUGACCUCGUCGACGUCCUUGUUUCCACGAUCAGGCGGGGGGGAUUGGCCCUACACUCCCACGUGCUGAUUAACGUAAUAUAAUUGAUUCCGUGUUUGGC